AUGCCACAACCAAAGAUUCACCUCGUGCGCCAUGCCCAGGGUUUCCACAACAUCGGUUUCGAAUUCCACUCUUUACAGGACCCCAGACUGACAGAUCUGGGAAAAUCUCAAUGUGCUGCUCUACAAGCAACCCACUUCCCCGAAUCUGCUCAAAAGUCCAUCAGCCUUGUGACUGCAUCGCCGCUAGCCCGGACCCUGGAGACCGCCUACCUCACAUUCGCUCCCGCUCUCAAGAACGGAAAAUGCCAGCCCAGAAUAUUCGCCAUUCCGGACGCCCAAGAGACCAGUGACCUCCCCUGUGAUACAGGGAGUGAUGUCGAUGUGUUGCAUAGUCUUGUCAGAGACCAGAAUUGGCCUGCUGAUUUGUCUCUCGUCAAGGAGGGAUGGAACGUCAAGACUCUACAGAACCGUUAUUCUCCAGCUGGGGACGCGAUUAAGCGUCGUGCCACAGAUGCUCGAAGAUUACUUCGCCAGAAAGCGAGAGAGCUUCAAGCUGCAGGUGAUGAUGCGGUCGAGAUCGUCCUUGUUGCUCAUGGCGCUUAUAUGCAUUAUAUCUCCGACGACUGGGAAGAUGCCGCCAUCUACCCUUCCACUGGCUGGCAGAACUGUGAACACCGCACGUACAAUUUCGAGGUUGAUUUCCAGGAGGACGACGCAGAUGCAUUCUUUGUUGAGACCAUGGAGUCACGGAGUCGGAGAGGGAAAACCCAUCCCAUGAUCGGUCAUGAUAAGCAGGUGGCGCUGUGCGAGGAGAUGAUGCAAGCCUGGGAGGAUCACGGAUGUCAAAACCCAUCGAAAUUAAAUGUUCUUCCUAGUGAAGCGGCAGCUAAAGAGCAACAAAAGGCUCAUGACCAACAACGCCUUGACGCCGAAAGUGAGGAUCAUGCUGCUCAGGGACUCAGCCUUGAGCGCGUGGGUAGUGAGGUUGAGGUUAUGGCUUGA